AUGAUGAAUAAACAAACAAUUGACAUUUCAUCUUCCGAGGAACAACAUUAUCAUAAUAUAGCACAUGCAUCUGAAGAUUCAGAACUCGUAAACAGUACAAUCAAUAACAAGGCAAAAGAAGUCAAAUCUUUAUUAGAAGAAUAUCAAGUUGAACCAUCUUCAUCAGGUUUAUUUUUAUGUUCAAAUUUAUCUGCACGUUGUACAAUUGCUAUAUGGGCUUUCUUUGGUUUUUUUUGUUUAUAUGCAAUGCGAGUUAAUUUAUCUGUAGCUAUUGUUGCUAUGGUAGCACCACAAAGUGCAUUAAAUCAAUCCAUUCAAGCAUGUCCAACGGUGGAAAAAAAUUCAAUAAAAUUUGCACCAAAAUAUGAAUUUGACUGGGAUCCAUCUAAAGCAGGAAUUAUUCUAGGAGCAUUUUUCUAUGGUUAUCUUACUACUCAAGUGUAA